AUGUCGGGCUUCUUUCUGCAGAACGACUCGGAGCCGGACUUCAACGAGGACGGCUCGCCAGUCACGGUCUUCGUCGACGACGUCGACAUCGGCAAGGGCGAAGUCUACCUCGCCCCGAGACUUUCCCCAUCUUCCAUCAUGGCCCGCUCGGUCAUCUUCCAUAACCAUCGACUCCUCGAACUCAUCGACGAGAAGGGCUUGAGCCCUGCCUGCGAGAUCCUGAUGCUCCGCCUGCAGCAGCUCACCGACCGCGCUAAGGCCCAUAUCCAACGCCAACUCACCUAUGCCUCCAACUGCAAGCUAUACCUGGACGCUUUGAACAGCGGCGACGCCGUCACUACCCAGGACAUCUUCAAUGGGCGCAUCCUGGACGAGCACACGAGCGCGAUGUGCGCGUGCUUCCUCACCAUGUCUGACCCUCACGCAUGGGGUGUCGAGAGCAUGGCCGACAUCAUGAAGCCCAUUGACUAUCGCAUCGUCUACCCCGAGGUCCCCGCCGCACCAACCACAGCCCCCACCGUCAUUGCGCCCGAUGCCACCGGUUCCGCCUCGUUAAGCUGCCCCACUUCGCGCGGCAGCAAGCGCUCCGCGUCCGGCAAGCCAUCCGCCGCCGCUCACUCUCACCGCAAGCGUUCUCACUUCGACUCCGUAUCCUAUGCCAUCGUCGAUGCCAGCUCCGCCCACCUUUCUACUGCCUACGCGACGUACUACGUCGAUCCGGACACCAAGCAUAAGAAGCGCGCUCGGUCCGACGCUGAAGAUGAGGGCCGCGCGCCCAAGCGCCAGCGCGAGCUCUCUGACGCGGCCCUGACACCUUCUCUCGACGACCUCUCCGACACCGACGCUGAUGGUGAGGAGGACGAUGAGUACUCGCUAGCGCUCACGCCCGAAGUCGUCCGCCCCAGCUCUACGCCUGAAGACGUUCGCUUCAUCCCCGCCUGUGACUCGACGACUCACGAGCCGCACCCUGUCGCCGGCUGCGGCCCACGCACUACGGGCAUCAAGACUCUUGCUUUCCCUAUGUCCUAUCACACCGCUUUGCCUCUGCAUCAGGCCGACGUAGACGAGCCCGUCCCUAACGAAGCCCCUGCCGCUGACGAGCCCGUCUCCGAUGACGAUUCCGGCUCUGUUUAUGAGCCCCCAUCUAGCUCGCCCGCACCCUUGCCGCGCCGCAAUGCGAGACGCUCGCGUCUUGCGAAGAAGCCCUACGACAGGCCUGCCACCACGAAAUCCCGCGCGUCCACUCAGAAGUCCAGGUCGAGAACCGCAACCUCUGCCUCUUCCACCUCUCGCGCAUCGUCGUCUCGCCCAUCCCGAGUCGUACCUAAGGACGCGGCAGCCAGCGUCAUCGGCACCAACGUCAAGAUACAUCCUGUCCUCCGCCGCAUCAUCACCCCGGUGGACGCCCCAGGCCACAUCAACCUCGGCUUCGACAACGCGGACCCGGAAUUGAAGGGCCACAUCGCGUGCAGCAUAUGCCCCGCAGUAAGGGAUAACUUGUGCAACCUCUCCCGCCACAUCGUCACGCACCUCAAGUGGGGCGCAGAGAAGAAGAACGGACCAUAUCAGUGCCUCACCUGCCGCCGGGAAGGCUACGCGAGGGAGGACGCGUUCGAGCGCCAUCUCAGGAAUCACCCAAAGCACAAGGGCUGGGAUGACACGGAAUGCUCAGAGUUAUGGAUAGACUACAACGGCGUCGAGAAGCACUUCCAGCUUGACGUUCCCGCCAACCACUAGACGCCCUCCGUCAACCUCCGUCCCCAUUUCAUUCGACUCACUUUCUAUUUCGCAACUAUACCCAAUAACUCCCCUCGAUAUCCCAUAUUGUCUGGCCGGCUCUUCUGACCUUCACUUAAACUUCAGUAGAUAGAUCUUUCGGUAGCAGUAGUC